AUGGAUAAUGAUGUACAAAAUUUAUUAAAAUUGCUCAAUAAAUUCCAUUAUACCUUAGCAUGCUGUGAAAGUAUGACUGGGGGAAAAUUUGCUUCUAUACUCACUAAAUCACCUGGGGCUGGUAGAAUUUUUAAAGGAGGUUUUAUUGUUUACACUAAUGAAGCAAAAAAGAAGUUAGCAAAAAUUUCUCCAUAUAUAUUAAAUAAUUUUACUGGUAAUGCGGGGCCAACUGCUCAAGAAAAUAAAUCUGUUGGACAAAUUUAUAUUGGGAUUUCCAGUGAUUAUUCUUCUUUCAGUAAGGAUUACCAUUUUAAUGGCUCUCGCUCUGAAAUUGUACAGCAGGCUAUUAAGACGGGCAUACAAUUACUUAUUAAUGCAGUUAAGAAAUUCUCAGACGAUAAAUUAAUCGAUAAUAACCACUUACUCUCACGAAUCUCGAAACGGGAGCAUAAUAAUUAA